AUGCCGCCUAUGCUGUUUGCAUGGCUCAUUAUCCUCAGUGCCGCUCUAUUGACUCUGGAGAUUCAACGUCGACUUCUUCUUGCUCGUUUUCUUGGAGCUAUUAUUAUGCUUUUGAUAUGGCUAUUAUUAUUAUCUUCCGAGCUACAGCUCAAGGCCAUGAGCUGUGCCAUUGUUUACCACGGAUUAGCAGAAGGUUCACGGCAAUGGCAGCGGAAUUUUCCGUGUAUAUUUGAGCAUCGAAAGGACCGGAAACUGGUUCUCUGGCUGUUGUUUUGGGCUCGGGUGUUUAUUUGGGGCGCUUCCAUUGGUGGGGUCACUGUCUUUGCAGCGUUUUCAAGACAUCAAGACGAAGUACUCAAAUAUUCGCUCUCUUCUUGGCAAGAAGCUCUCGUUCUUGCCGUAUACUAUGAGAUAGUAGAGGUGUUAGUGAUGCUGUACUUUGCCGACAAUGAACUGCUUUAUUUGUGGCACAAACGGCUUGGUCAUUGGCUCGCAGCAUUGUUUGUGGGGUAUCUGGAAACUUCUGGACGAUUGGAUGCAGUACUACGAGGUCCGUUGCUCGUUGGCAUGUCACCAUUGGCUCUUAUUGGUGUACUGCUGAUAGUCAUGUGGCUAUCGAUGGAGAUUCCAUGGGAUCAGAUUGCAGAAUGGAGUAGUCGGAGUUUGAUUAAAGACAAAGAGCACGACGAGAUGGAGGAACCUGAACGGACUAGAGCAGAAAGAAACUUUGAAAGCGAGUCUUGCAGCAAGGUUCGGUACAGCACAGAGCUAUUUAUGGAUAAGAGCAGCAGACAAGGAUCUCGAUUUCCGACCAAUUUAUUGCCUUUAAAUUUUAUGUUAAUGGAUAUGCUCUAA